CGCCCCGCAGCGGCAGGGCAGGUCGCGCAGCCUCCGCCGAGCCCGGGAAGCGCUCGGACGAAGAGGAGGAGCCAGGGGCACCGAGCGGGUGGAGUCGGGAGCACGAGAGCGGUGGAGGCGGAUUUCCUGGGCCCGGCUCGGUGGGGCUACUAUGGCGUUUGGGAAGAGUCACCGGGAUCCCUAUGCGACCUCCGUGGGCCACCUCAUAGAAAAGGCUACAUUUGCCGGAGUUCAGACUGAAGAUUGGGGCCAGUUUAUGCACAUCUGUGACAUAAUUAACACUACCCACGAUGGGCCAAAAGAUGCAGUAAAAGCUUUGAAGAAAAGGAUUUCCAAAAACUACAAUCAUAAAGAAAUCCAGCUUACCUUGUCACUUAUUGACAUGUGCAUGCAGAACUGUGGUCCAAGUUUCCAGUCUCUGAUUGUGAAGAAGGAAUUCGUUAAAGAUAGUCUGGUUAAGCUGCUGAACCCCAGAUACACCUUGCCCUUAGACAUUCAGAAUAGAAUCUUGAAUUUCAUUAAGACUUGGUCACAAGGUUUCCCAGGAGGUGUGGAUGUAAGUGAAGUGAAAGAAGUGUACCUUGACCUUCUUAAGAAAGGUGUUCAGUUUCCUCCCUCAGAUGCAGAGGCUGAAACAGCAAGACAAGAGACUGCUCACAUCUCGAACCCGCCAUCAUCUGUUCCAUCCGCACCAGUUCUUCCUACUGUGAUUGUUCCCAAGAGCUCUACUAUUACAUUGGUCCCAGAACAGAUUGGAAAGUUGCACAGUGAAUUGGAUAUGGCAAAAAUGAAUGUGAGAGUGAUGUCUGCCAUACUGAUGGAGAACAUUCCUGGGUCUGAAGACCGUGAAGACAUAGAGCUUCUGCAGAAGCUUUAUAAGACAUGUCGGGAGAUGCAGGAGAGGAUCAUGGACCUGCUUGUGGUGGUGGAGAAUGAAGACGUAACCAUUGAGCUAAUUCAAGUGAAUGAGGAUUUGAAUAAUGCCAUCCUUGGAUGUGAGAGAUUUACUCGGAACCAACAAAGGAUUUUGGAGCAAAACAGGAACCAGAGGGAAGAUGCCAAUACUACCAGUGAACCUUCUGCCCCAUCCUGUGAUCUCUUCGACCCAAGGCUCAGCCCUCCAAUGCCGAGGGCCACUCUGGGAGAACUCAACACCGUGAAUGCUCAGCUUUCAGACUUAAAUUUCAGGUCUCCGAGUCCUGUUGUAACGAACAACUUGAAACCCAGUCUUCAUCCACAGGUGGAUUUGCUAGCCUGGGAAGAUACAGAAACACCCCUGUUUGCCCAAAGGACCGGCCAAAACAUCACCGCAAACCAUACAUAUGAGAGCUUUCCAGAAUAUUCAAAUUCAGUACUACUACAGCCAGUUAAUGUGCAGAACGUUCCAGCAACACCAUCAAGCCAGAGACUGCCAUCCUUGCCCAUCAGUCAUCCAGAGCUGUUUAUGAAGAAAUUGAUGUUCAUCACCAGAAAGGAGCCCAAAGUCACAGUGACUGUUGAGGUUGUGAGUCUCUCGUUAUCCAGGAACGGAGAAAGAGAAGGAAAGGCUGAAGGCCGGCUGUCUUCUUACACUAGGUGGAAGUGGGUGACCAGCUCACUAACUGCAUUUAGAGGUGUCACCUCUCCUGUGCAGCUUGGAGGCCCAGAAGACCAGACCUACCAGCACAUCAGAACCAUGGUGGAACAAUUCUCCUCUGCAGUAACAGAAGAGUAACAGUUCCAGAGUAACAUUUAUAUUUCCUGACCACAGCUUAAGCUUUAUUUUGAAACAACUUGGUUAUAACGUAUAUUCACUUGAAACUUCAGAAGAAAAAUUCAUUGUACCUAGGCCAGCGGGUUUAAUUAUAACAUCUUAGGCUUCACAGGCCUUCCUAUAUUUAGAAAAGAAAUCCUCACACUGCUGUGAUAAGAGUAGAUGAAGAUUAUUUUAUUACAAAAUAAUUAUGUAAACUAUUGAGUGCCUUCAUUUAAAGUUGAAUGUAAAAGUCAAUUUUUACUUUUUUUUUUUUU